UCUGAGUCUUCAAUUUCUCCCUCAAUGUUUCUUUGGCUCUCACUCUUUGGCACUUGAGGUGCUGAGGGAAGGGAGUUCCUAGGCAGAGCGCACAGCGAGACAGCUAUGGCUCAGACAGCUCAGCGGGAAAAAUCUCAAAGGUCUUUCCUACCCUUCCAGAGAUUCUGGGCAAAGAGGGCGGGAUCUUGGUUCCAGGGUCUCAGUACCCCCUGUGCCAUUUGAGCUGCUUGUGCUCAUCAUCUCUAUUAAUAACCACCCACCCUCCCCCACUGCCAGUGCUGCCCCCACGCCUGCCCAGCUCAUGUUCUCCGGUCACAGCAGCUCAGUCCUCCAAAGCUGCUGGACCCCAGGGAGAGCUGACCACCGCCUAAGCAGCCGGCUGAAUCCACCUCCACAAUGCCACUGUCAGGAACUCCAGCCCCCAACAAGAAGAGGAAAUCCAGUAAGCUGAUCAUGGAACUCACUGGAGGUGGACAGAACAGCUCAGGCCUGAACCUGGGCAAGAAGAUCAGUGUCCCAAGGGAUGUGAUGCUGGAAGAACUGUCACUGCUUACCAAUCGGGGCUCCAAGAUGUUCAAACUGCGACAGAUGCGGGUGGAGAAAUUUAUUUAUGAGAAUCACCCUGAUGUUUUCUCUGACAGCUCAAUGGAUCACUUCCAGAAGUUCCUUCCUACAGUGGGGGGACAGCUUGGCACAGCUGGUCAGGGGUUCUCCUACAGCAAGGGCAGCAACAUCAGAGGCCAGGCAGGGGGCAGGGGCUCUGCUGGACAGUAUGGCUCUAACCAGCAGCAUCAUCAGGACUCUAGGUCUGGAGCUGGGGAUACAGGUCAUCCAGGGGACCAGGCUGGGAGAGGAGGAGCUGCUGGCACAGCAGGGGUUGGUGAGACAGGAUCAGGAGACCAGGCAGGUGGGGAAGGAAAACAUAUUACUAUGUUCAAGACCUAUAUUUCUCCAUGGGAGCGAGCCAUGGGGGUUGACUCUCAGCAAAAAAGGGAACUUGGCAUUGACCUGCUGGCCUAUGGAGCCAAAGCUGAACUCCCCCAAUAUAAAUCUUUCAACAGGACAGCAAUGCCGUAUGGUGGAUAUGAGAAGGCCUCCAAACGCAUGACCUUCCAGAUGCCUAAGUUUGACCUGGGGCCCCUGCUAAGUGAACCUCUGCUCCUGUACAACCAGAACCUCUCCAACAGGCCUUCUUUCAAUCGAACCCCUAUUCCCUGGCUGAGCUCCGGGGAGCCUGUAGACUACCAUGUGGAUAUUGGCAUCCCCUUAGAUGGAGAAACAGAGGAGCUCUGAGCUAUUUCCUCCUCUAAUUUGCAUCAAGUUUCCUCUCUCUGGUUCCAAUUUGGAGAGAGAAUGCUGAGCAGGAUACCCCUACUGUUAAUCCAGUAUCCUUAUGGGAAUGCAGGAAAAAAGGAGAGAGAUAUCUGCCUUUCCAUCCUUCACUCCAAGUCCCCACUCCAAACAUCCUUCCUUGCCAACUCAGAGCUCCCCUUCACUUGCUCCAUAUGGAACCUGCUCUUUUAUGGAAUUUGCUCUGCCUUGGGUAACAGUCAAUAAACUUCAAGAAAAUGAA